AUGGACGAUGGCAUGAUGAACCUCCAGCAAACUCUAAUUGAGAUUGAAACCAACGCUGAACAUCUCCUUUUGGCUCGCCACGAGGUGAGGAGCCUGCCGGCUGAUCCGCUUCAUCUAUACGGCGUGCUCAUGCUCUUAGUUGCUGAAAGCUCGCUGAAAAACAUGUGCAGCUUGUGGAGAACGACAAGAUCAGAAAUGGGAACCGGGAGGCCCUGACAGCUCUCCGCAGGAGGGCUCGGACCACCAAGACCAGUGUCCCGUCUCCCUUCGAGUCCCUGAUGAAAGAUAUUGGAGCUGGGUCUCGUCCCCUGGUGAGAGAGAUGUGCCCGACUUGCGGCGAUCACGAUCCCAAGGAACCCACCUGGAUGAUCUUCCCGGGUUCGGAUAUCUUCUGCCGCAUACCGUUUCAUGCGGCCCAUAGCAUCUUGGAGAAUGGUACCCCGCCUCCUCCUAAUCUCCAUUGAUAGUAGCUUUUGACUCUUUUGCUGUUCUUGAAAUCGCUGACUUUUAGACAUUGUCUUUUCCUAUGGCGAUUCAGAUCAAGAGCAGCUGGACUACAGCACGAAGAAGCUCCAGAGCUACGUGAAGGAAAAAUCCCUGGUGAUUUCUGAAAUGGGCGCCCUUGACGACAGGAUCAGCCCCGCGGUCCUCAAGUCUCUCGUCACGUUGACCGACGGACCGAAGUAA